UGGUACUACUUUCGAAGAAGUCUCUCUUGUAAAUUGAAAACCAAUACAAGCCUGGAUUGGAUACAAUUAACCGGUUUAAGAAAACAUAAACAAUAAACCGGGGUAAAAUUCGAAAUAACCGGAUCGUCUUUUCACGUGAUUGGUGGUGGUACUGUACCAAAAGCGCGUGCUCUUCACUCGCACACUCUUCUUCAUCCAUUUAAUCUCACCGCCUCUCUCACUCUCACUCUCAAGCUUCAAGAGUUCUCAAUCUCAUUCAACAAUGGUGAAACACUCUCAGCUUAAGAAUCUCACCAUCAUCACCAUCCUCUGCUUACUAUCUUCCCCACUACUAACCUCUGCCGCCGAAUCUCACCUCACCUUCGAUUUCUACUCCAAAUCUUGCCCUAAGUUCCUCGACAUAGUCCGUGAAACCAUCACAAACAAACAGAUCUCAACUCCAACAACCGCCGCCGCAGCUCUCCGCCUCUUCUUCCACGACUGUUUCCCCAACGGCUGCGACGCCUCCGUCCUCGUUUCCUCCACAGCUUUCAACACCGCCGAACGCGAUUCAUCGAUCAAUCUAUCUCUCCCCGGCGACGGAUUCGACGUCGUGAUCCGCGCUAAAACCGCUCUCGAACUCGCCUGUCCCAACACAGUAUCCUGCUCCGAUAUCAUCGCCGUCGCGGUCCGCGAUCUCCUCGUCACCGUCGGUGGACCUUACUACGAAAUCCCCCUCGGCCGCCGCGAUUCGCGAACGUCGAAAUCGUCUCUCGUCUCCGAUCUCCUCCCGCUUCCGUCGAUGCAGAUCUCAAAGCUCAUCGAUCAGUUCAGCUCUAAAGGCUUCUCCGUUCAAGAGAUGGUCGCUUUGAGCGGUGCUCACACCAUCGGAUUCUCACAUUGUAAAGAGUUCACAAACCGGGUUAACCCGAACAACAGCACCGGGUAUAACCCGAGAUUCGCGGUUGCUUUAAGAAAAGCUUGUGCGAAUUACAAAAAUGACCCUACGCUCUCCGUCUUCAACGACGUUAUGACACCGAACAAAUUCGACAAUAUGUAUUUCCAGAAUAUUCCGAAAGGUCUCGGGUUACUGGAGUCGGAUCACGGGUUAUUCUCUGACCCGAGAACCCGACCUUUCGUUGAGCUAUACGCGAGAGACCAAGAUCGAUUCUUUAAAGACUUUGCUGGAGCUAUGCAGAAGCUGAGUCGUUUCGGCGUUUUGACCGGACGGCAAGGAGAGAUCCGGCGAAGAUGUGAUGCGAUCAACUGAGAAGUUUUGGAGAUUCCUCUUCAUUGGUUUUUACGAAUUGUGAGAUUUUGUUUUAUUUUUGUUAAUUUAUUUAAUUGUUUGUGCGUUUAUUAGAGGAAGAGUUUGAGAUUCGGGGGAGAUUGAUCUAAGCUCAUGUGUUAAUACUAUGGUUAAAAAUUCAAAUAAUGUAAUUAGUUGUUUUGUCAUCAUUACCGUUUGGUGUUUACAAAUCUGCCUGUUAUUUCCUAGUA